UUAGUUGUACAUUUAAAAAAGUGAGUGAGUGAAAAACCAAAUGACUCUUAGUAAAACACAAGAGAACACAUUAAUAGAUAGGUACAAAUCCAAUGUUAAAAUUUUCCGAGUGGUGAUAUCGACGACAAAUGAAGCAUGGCACUGUAGCUAGUAGUAGAACAAGAUGCCAUGGCUGCUGUCAGUGUGUUGUGUACUAGUGUUCGCACAGACGUGCUCCAGCGUUGUGGAGGUUCCCAGAAAGAUGCCCCUUUUACCCGGAAAACACAUUAUAAGGAUCCUCCCGGAAUUCCUAGCAUCGAACACCGUCUCCCCCACUACAAUGCUGCCGAAUCAAGAUGCUGUAACGGCGGCGUUCGCGACAGUACCUGCGGAGGAAACGGCGGAGACAUCUGAAAUCGACGUGCUUAAUUCGGCGCCUUAUUUGGUUCCUGAAAAUCCUGGGAGGCAAAAUAAUGUGCCAAAGAUGUGUAGUCGUUUGUUUGUGUUGGCCAUCUUGUUUUUCCCGUGUUGGUGUGUGUCCGGGGUGGGUUCCGGGGGCUUUUCCGGGGAAUAUCCGGUCCGGGAAAGCGGCCCGGACGGACUUCCGAGUCGCAGGCAUGUCGGAAAUCCGGACAUUGUUCAAAAUGACAUGCAUCGUCACCCUCCGCUAAUACAGUUUGAACAAGCGGGACACACAGUGCGGCACGCGGGGGUGCCUCGCCAGCUGGCGGUGGUGCCGGCGCCGCUGCCCGACUCCGACCACGAGCUCAUGUUCAACGUGACCUGGGCACCGCCCCUUGGCACUCCAGCCGAGGACUAUUCUCUGGAGAUCCGCAGCGAGACGCCCACCACUGACUGCGAGAUGCCCCUGUGCUACGAGUACAAUAUACCAGGGGACUCUACCUGGUGGGUAGUCCCAGCUCAGGCGAGCCCGGCGGCGGGCGGCUGCGGCGUGCGGCCCGGCUGCGCGUACAGCGUGCGUCUCACCGCGCACCCCUGGGACGGACACACGGCCGCUAAUUUACACGUGGAGAUGGACGAGUGCGUGUCAGGCGUGUGUUCGUGUGCACACGCACCGCGGCUGCCAGCCCCAUCUGUCGACGCGCACACGGUGUCAGUAGCGGGGGAGCUGUUCAUCAACAUAACCUGGACGCUGCCGCCGCCGCGCCAGCCGUUGAGGCUGCCGCCGGGGCUGAAGAAACAAGCUUAUUUUGUCAGCAUCGGCAAGCAGAUGGUAUCAGACGCGCACCCGGCCCCCUGGUUCUCAGAUACCGCGUCCAAAGUGAUAAGCGCUAGCGGAGCGGUGGCGGAGGGCGACUCCCCCCGCUGGCGCCUGUUGCCUGUGACCGAGCGGAGCGGGGAGCGGGGCGGGAAGAGGACCAUAGUGCUGGAUGUCAAACUGCUGGCGAGGGUCAGCCUGAUCGAUGAGAGAGGGUGCAUGGGGCCGGCCGGGAAAGUGACGGCGUAUGAUCCAGUGCAAGCCAGAAAAGUGACGGUGCUUACUUAUGCUCUCUGGGCGUCUCUCGGCGGAGCCUGCGUUUUGGGCGCGGUGAUCAUCACCACGGUGGGCUUCCGAGGAGUGAAGCGGAUCCUGAACGCGCUGCGAGCGGCCCCGGCCCCCACGCCUAUUGACCCCGCGCUGCGCCCGGCCUGGCUGCCCUGGGAGACUGACCCAAACAACGAGGCGAGGCAGGCCCACGUGGAGCUGAGCCCCCUGUAUGUGCGCAAGCAGAUUGAGGACGAGGAGCUAGAAGGCGCGGACGAGUGGGAGGUGCCCCGCGCGCGCGUGCAAGUCGGCGCGCUGAUCGGAAGCGGCGCGUUCGGACGCGUGCACGUGGCGCGGCUGAGCGUGUCCGGGGGGGACGCUGUCACUGUGGCGGCUAAGAUGCUUGCUGACAACGCAACCCAAGAAGAAAUCGACGACUUCUUCGGCGAGAUUGCCAUGCUGAAGCACGUGGGCUGCCACCCGCACGUGAUCCGCCUCGUGGGCUGCUGCACGCGCCGCACGCCGCUGCUGGCUCUUCUAGAACAUGCGCCUAGAGGAGACCUGCUGACGCUGCUCAGGAAGGCACGGUGCCGGCGCCGGGAUGAGAGAGUGGAUAGCGGGGUGGCGGAUUACAGGCCUUCUGAGGCUGGCACGGAAUACACGAACCUGAGCGACUCGGACCCGUCCAAAGGCCCGGAGUCAGUCUACGACCGCGGCCGAGACCACUACGUGGCCGAGCCCGCGCUGCACCUGGACGGAGUCACCAUGCGGGAGUACGCGCUGCAGGUGGCUCUAGGCAUGCGCCAUCUGGAGGCCAGGGGCAUCACGCACAGAGACCUCGCGGCCCGCAACAUCCUGGUCGACGGCAAGGGUCUACUGAAAGUGGCCGACUUCGGUCUGUCUCGCUCUGGCAUAUACGUGCACACUCGCCCUCGCCCUGUCCCACUCCGGUGGCUGGCGCCGGAAGCCAUCGUCAACGCCCAGUACUGCAGCGCCAGCGAUGUCUGGGCCUUUGCCGUGCUACUGUGGGAAAUUGCUACGCUUGGUGGCUUCCCAUACGCGGAGCUAAGUAACCAUCAAGUUCCGACUUAUUUGGCUGGAGGGAGCCGCUUGCCGAAGCCAGCCCGCGCAUCGCCGAGGCUCUACCAGCUGAUGGUAGAAUGUUGGGCAGAGAAACCCGAAGACCGACCAACGUUUGUUCAAAUAGUGGACAAACUUCAAGCUCAACAGCAACUUUACGUGGAUCUAUACUCGGUGCUCCCACUAGAUGACAACUUAUCUUUAACUGAUCCAGACUUUAGUUUCACAAACGAUACUAAUGAAGACAGUGCGAGUGAAAGGUGACUUUAGGUGACCUAUAAAAGACUGAUCUACAAUGUGUAGUACUUAUUGAGUAAGUUUUAAAUUUUGACACUAAGUUUAAUGUUAAUUAAUAAAUCUAUCUGCGGUUGAUUGUUCUAUUUA